CGCUACCCCGAGAACAUACAACUACAACUCCAAAGUUCUCGCGAAAAUCUCCAGCAUCUCCCUGGCUUUGAUUCGACGGAAGUACGGAAGUUCGCCAAUUCUCAUUGUUCACCAUGCGACUUGUCGAUGUCCAUACGUUUGAGUUCAAGUGGUUUAGCGAAAGUGAGCUACCUAAGUAUGUGAUUUUGUCCUAUAGAUGGGGCGACGAGGAAGUCAGCUAUCAAGAUAUGUGCUGGCUCCAGAAGAUGAAGUCAAUACCGGAUAAUGUCAAGAACGACCCUGUUCUCUCGCUAUUGCUCAGCCCCAUCACUGUAGGAUCCCGUUCGGUGACUGAGCGGGAAAUAAUGGAAAGACCAGGAUACGCAAAGAUUGUUGGCACGGCAAGAUUCGCCAAGGCACUGGGUUGCAGAUACACGCGGGUCGAUACAUGUCGCAUCGGCAAGAGUAGCAGUGCGGAAUUGCAAGAAGCCAUAAACUCAAUCCUAGAAGAUUUCGACCUUUUCGCGCGAAUACUGUCCCAAUUUAGAUGGAUCACUAGAGGUUGGACACCGCAGGAGCUUGUCGCCCCAACCAGACUGUUCUUCUGCAAUCGUGAUUGGGGCUUCAUGACUGCGAAACAUCACACCAUCGGGAUAAAGAAGAUUGCACAGGCUACUGGAAUACCCCUACGCGUACUCCGGACGGGAGAUCUAAGCGAUAUGUCCAUUGCGCAGAGCAUGUCAUGGGCGGCGAACCGGUCCACGACUCGCGUCGAAGACACAGCUUAUCGCCUCAUGGGUCUAUUCGACAUCCACAUGCCCAUGCUCUACGGAGAGGGGUCCAAGGCUUUUAUUCGAUUACAAGAAGCAAUCAUGCAAACUAAUUCGGAUCAAACUACAUUCGCUUGGUAAGACCCCACAGCCGAUUUCUCUGCUUUGCGGGGCUUGCUCGCUCAAUCUCCACCCGACUUCCUAGGCUGUAACAUAAUAACAAAAAUGCGGACACCCAACGUGCCUUCCACGAUCACAAAUCUGGGCCUCCAAGUACAGCUGAAUAUCGUCCCCUCGGGUUCAGAGGGUUGCUACAGAGCCACAUUGCUGGCGCGGAACCCGCUUGGGAGUCCUGUCAGCAUCUUGCUCAGAAAAGUGAGCCACGAGGGG